UGUGUGUCAAGCCAACUUUGUAUGUACAUAGAGGUUGGAUGGAAUACAGAAUACUUAAGUGCAUGCAUGCAGGAGCACAAUCACAUCUUUUUCAUCCCUCACAUAAAAUCCAGGCAGGGUACCCUCCACAGCUCGUCCCUUUUUACUCCCUUAUUCACACGACCACGUGCAUUGAAUGUACGAUGAACCAACAAAAAGAUGUUGAUAUAAGAAAUAACAAAUAACAAAGAAAGGUCAUGCAUUCGUAAGAGUCCUUCUUUCGUUUUCAUUUUAUGCCUAAAACAUGAGUGUAUUCAUUCUUACUUUAUAAUCAUCCUAUUCCAGCUGACCUUCAGUUUACCGUCAUUUUUUCAUUACAAACAUAUCUAAUACAUAAAAAAGAACAUUAAUAAUUUUUUGAAAUGAAUCUGCACCUUCAAAAAAGUUUAGACGGAGGUGAGCUAUUCCAAAUCGUGACACAAAAUUUUCGAGCACCUCAAGAUUUCUGGACGUAUUUCAACCUUGAGAAUGCAGUGAUGGGCAUUGCAAUUUUCAAUGUGGCUUUCUCUUUCUUUUUAAUGUUUUUAAUUUUAAAAGUGUCCAUUGUAAAUCUCUAUUCUUCGUUGCGAUGUAUCAUCGAUAUCGAAGAGGAAUGUAGCAUUGACCCCGAAGCCAGAUUAUUAAUCGUGGAGGGAUUAUUCCUGUACGGCCCGUACGUCCUGAUAGAUCCCAUUUUAUAUCGAGGAGUUAACGACGAGGAUUAUUACCAAGUUGAUCUCUGGUGGAGAAUGGCGUCGGCUCUAACCGUCAUAAGAGGACUGACAUCAUUGUUCACAGGAAAUAUUGGCUGGAUCCUGUGGGACGUUAUUCAACUCAGAAUUGUGCAUGAAUACAAAGAGACCGUCAUGUUUAAAGGAAAAUGGGGUAUGCCACAUGGUUUCGCAACGGGGCAGUGGUCAAAAGAAAACUCAUAUUAAUACAAGACUUAAGACUGAUUAAUAUUCAAGACUGAAUAAUAUUCGAUUACCCGGUGACAUUCAUAACUUUAAU